UCCCCAUGCUGUGCGCCAAUUGGUGUUCCGUGAAUAGUCCUGCAUUAUGCCCUUCGGGGUGGGGGGGAGUAGCUACCUUCUCACAUAGACUUCCCGUCGCUGAUGCGGACCUUGAGCUUGGACCUGAAACGUCAGCUGUUCUUUGCUGUCCUCCCCAAUACACUUCUCACAUAAACGGGCAUGGUUGCGGGUCUCCGGUAUCCGAGAGCCAGAUGGUAACCUAUAUAAAUCCAGAAUCUCGCGACGCAGGUGGUUGGGAUCUUGGAAGUCUUCUGACAACUACUAUCUCGUCAAGUAGUAAUAUUGUGGGACACGGCGUUGUUGCUUUGUGGCAGAAGAGUGAUGAAGCAGUCCUCAAGGCGGCAGCUCUAAGCGCAAGCCCCACGGAAAAAGCAUCCAGUGUUGAAAGCACACCAGUCCCUGCUUCCAGUUUCACAAGCUCAACUGCCAGCUCAACUGCCAGCUCUGCAUCCGCCGGGGAUGCCUCGCCAAACGACUCAAUCGAUGGCUUAUCAGCUGGUGCUAAAGCUGGUAUUGGUGUAGGGGUCUCUCUGGUUAUAUUGAUUGCAUGUGUCGCUGCAUUCUUCCUGUGGAAAAGAAAGAGGCCCGACGCAUAUCACAAUAGCGAGCAUCCUCCGCCGGUAGAACUUUCCGAAAGCUAUAAGCGAUACGAGGCACCCACUAAAAUUGUAAUCCCCUCUCAAGAGCUCUGUGGGAAGCCGGUGGAGAAGCAAUACAGAUAUGAACUUCCUUAA